AUGUCCAAUGCCUCAAAAGCUAUGAUGAGGAGCAAGAUGGACAGGGUCUUCACCCCCAGCUACAGGCGCGAAUCAUGCCUGAAAGAGGCAAAAGCAACCAUAAAAAUGGUGGAAGAUGCCCAGAUUAAGCAAGAUAUCGAGUAUGACGAUAGUGAUGAAGAAAGUGCUGAUGAGAAUGAUACGUCUUUAGCAACAAACGGCCCAAUUCCUUCGACUGGCGCUCGAGCAUCACCCGCACCUCAGCCGGGCAAAAUUCCAAAUGGGCAGCCAACAUCACCUUUUCCCGAGCGGCAACAAAGCCCGGUGGGCCCCAAUGCUCAAAUAGCUGCUCAAACUGUCAGCUCAAGAGACCCAAGAGCGGCAGCUCAGCAAGCGAGUGAUAUGAAAAAUGUUGUCCGAAGGAAGCUUACAGGAUACGUUGGAUUUGCAAACUUGCCUAACCAAUGGCACCGCAAAAGUGUCCGAAAAGGGUUCAAUUUCAACGUGAUGGUCGUUGGUGAAUCUGGCUUGGGGAAGUCUACUCUUGUCAAUACUCUGUUCAAUACCUCUCUCUACCCGCCAAAGGAGUCGAAGGGCCCUAGCCUGGAUAUUAUGCCCAAAACCGUUUCAAUCUCGGCAAUUAGUGCAGAUAUUGAGGAGAAUGGUGUUCGCCUACGACUUACAGUGGUGGAUACGCCCGGUUUCGGAGACUUCGUCAACAACGACGACUCGUGGCGACCUAUCGUUGAGAAUAUUGAAGCUAGAUUUGACACCUAUCUAGAUGCCGAAAACAGGGUCAAUCGUAUGAACAUCGUGGACAAUCGUGUUCAUGCUUGCGUCUACUUUAUUCAACCAACGGGUCACUCACUCAAGCCAUUGGACAUCGAGGUGAUGCGCCGCUUGCAUACCAAAGUCAACUUGAUCCCGGUGAUCGCCAAGUCUGACACCUUGACCGACGAUGAAAUCGUGUCAUUCAAAGCUAGGAUCCUUACCGACAUUCACCAUCACAAAAUCCAGAUCUUCGAAGGCCCACGCUACGAAUUGGACGACGAUGAAACAAUCGCAGAGAACCAGGAGAUCAUGUCUAAAGUUCCUUUUGCCAUUGUAGGAGCAAACUCGGAUGUCACCACUCCUGAGGGCCGCAAAGUACGUGGUCGUCGAUACCCAUGGGGCGUGAUUGAAGUCGACAAUGAGGACCAUUGUGAUUUCGUCAAACUACGCCAAAUGCUUAUUCGAACCCAUAUGGAAGAGCUUAAGGAGCACACGAACAACGCGCUCUAUGAAAACUAUCGCUCAGACAAGCUUACUCAAAUGGGCGUCCAGCAAGAUGCCAGUGUUUUCAAAGAAGUCAACCCAGCGGUGAAGCAAGAAGAAGAGCGGACAUUGCACGAGCAGAAACUUGCAAAGAUGGAGACUGAGAUGAAAAUGGUCUUCCAACAGAAGGUUGCCGAAAAGGAGAGCAAAUUGAAGCAGAGCGAAGAGGAGCUUUACGCCAGACAUCGUGAGAUGAAGGAACAGCUCGAGCGGCAGCGGGGAGAACUGGACGAGAAGAAGAUGAGGGUUGAAAGCGGUCGACCGCUGGAUGAGAAGACGAAGAAGAAGGGAUUUUCUCUUCGAUAG